UGAUGAUUUCCUUUCUUUUAUCCUCCCAGGUUUCUGGGAUACAUAUAUGGAAAUAAAAGAAGGAACUCUAACCUGAUCAUGGAUUUCGAAGAAAGACUUCUCAACGCACAAAGGAAAAGAUAAUAACUAGUGCAGAGCCCUCAGGAAUGAUGUCCUUUUGCCACAAUAUAAUUAAUAUCUCCUGUGUGAAAAGCAGCUGGUCAAAUGACGUCCGUGCUUCCCUGUACAGUUUAAUGGUGCUCAUAAUUCUAACCACAGUGGUUGGCAAUCUAAUAGUUAUUAUUUCUAUAUCACACUUCAAGCAACUUCAUACCCCAACUAAUUGGCUCAUUCAUUCCAUGGCCACUGUGGACUUUCUGCUGGGGUGUCUGGUCAUGCCUUAUAGUAUGGUGAGAUCUGUUGAGCGCUGCUGGUAUUUUGGAGAAGUCUUCUGUAAAAUUCACACCAGCACUGAUAUUAUGCUGAGCUCAGCAUCAAUUUUUCAUUUGUCCUUCAUUUCCAUUGACCGCUACUAUGCUGUGUGUGACCCAUUGAGAUACAAAACUAAGAUCAACAUCUUGGUUAUUUUUGCGAUGAUCUUCAUUAGUUGGAGUAUUCCUGCUCUUUUUGCAUUUGGAAUGAUCUUUCUGGAGCUAAACUUCAAAGGAGCUGAAGAGAUGUAUUACAAACACAUUCACUGCAUAGGGAGUUGCUCUGUCUUCUUCAGCAAAACAUCUGGGGUUCUGGCCUUUCUGACUUCUUUCUAUAUACCCGGCUCUAUUAUGAUAUGCAUCUAUUGUAGAAUCUAUUUCAUAGCGAAAGGGCAGGCAAGAUCAAUUCAUGAUGCAAAUCAGAAAUUUCGAAUUGGGUUGGAAGAGAAAAAUGGAAUUUCACGAAGCAAAGAAAGGAAAGCUACGAAGACUUUAGGGACUGUGAUGGGAGUUUUCUUCACAUGCUGGUGUCCUUUCUUUGUCUGCACAGUCAUGGAUCCUUUCCUGGACUAUACUAUUCCACCCAUCCUGAACGAUGCAUUGAUUUGGUUUGGCUACUUGAAUUCCACUUUAAAUCCAAUGGUUUAUGCAUUUUUCUAUCCCUGGUUCAGAAGAGCACUGAAGAUGAUUCUAUUUGGUAAAAUUUUCCAAAAAGAUUCAUCUAGAUGUAAAUUAUUUUUAGAAUUAAAUCCAUAGAAUUAUUAGACUUUACUGUUUGGCCAACAGUUGGUGAUCAUAUUUAUGAACACAACAUAAUAGCAACCACAUGCACCAGCUACAGGGGCUUUUAUCAAGUAUUAGGGGCAAAGAUUGUGUAGUUAGAUAUGAUGCUUAUAUCUUGCUUCCUAUUUGCCAUUCUUAUUAUACAUAUUGAAGCUUUACAAGCCCAGAAUUUAGGGACUUGUAUUUUAAAGAACUUCUCCUGCCCUUACAUGAACUGCCAUGAAAUUGACAGUGGUACCUUACUCAGUUGUUCAGUGGUGGAAACUAAGAGACUACAUUUGGGGAUGCAAAUUAGAAGAGAUUUGUCAUUCCUUUGCUUGAAUAUAUAUGCCUUUUUGUAAAAUCAACUGAAAGUAUACAUUAAAUGUUACUAUUAAGUAAUUGUUUACACAUAAUUUGCU